AUGGGGAAACUGCAGAGUAAGAUCAGCUUCCAGACCUUCAAAUACAGGCCCGAUGGCUCCUGGGAGGAGCCAGGACCCGCCCGAGCCGUCCAGCACCGCCCGGUGCACACCGACGCCGUCACCUCCGUGGCUGCUCUCCAGACAGACCUCUGUGUGUCAGGAGGGAGGGACAAGGCUGUGGCUGUCUGCAGCUGGAGAUCUGGGGCUGUGCUGCGUCGCUUCCUGGGGCACCAGCGGGAGGUCACCAAGGUCAGCUCUGCCCCUGCCUCAGACAGAGUCUUCAGUGCAUCCCGGGACAGGACGGUGAUGAUGUGGGAGCUGGAGGGGACUGCAGGGCCAAGCCAGCACUUCCCAGGGCAUGAGCUGGUGGUCACUGGCCUGGCUGUCAGCCCAGAUGGCUCCCAGCUCUGCACAGGCUCCCGAGACAACACAGUGUGCAAGUGGGACACAGAGACUGGGGAGUGCCUGGCCAGAGCUGCUAUCUCCAGGAACCUGGUCACACAUCUCUGCUGGGUUCCUGGGGAGCCCUACGUCAUCCAGAGCUCAGAGGAUAAAACCAUCAGGGUCUGGGACAGCCGGGAGCUGCAGGUGGCACACAGCUUUCCAGCCAAGCAGCACAUCCAGACCUGCUGUGCCGCCAGCCAGGACGCGCGGUACUGCCUGAGCAGCAGCAGCGGCUCCGCCGGCGGGGGCGGGGAGGCCACCCUGUGGGACCUGAGGCAGACAAGGAGCCAGGUGUGUGAGUACAAAGGGCACUUCCAGACCACCACCUCCUGUGUCUUCCUGCCAUGGGGCCCAGCUCUCACCCCCAGCAUUGCCACAUCCUCCUGCGACAGCACAGUGAAGGUCUGGGACCGAGACACUGGAGCCUGCCUGGCCACGCUGUGCCUGGAGGGGUCGGGGCCGCUGGCCUCGCUGGCAGCCUGCGACAGCUCCACGCUGCUGUGCGCCAGCUCCGGCUCAGGGAUCCACCUGCUGCGGCUGCGCGACCGCGGGGGGUUGGCCCUGGAGGAGGUGGCUGUGUUCUGA